AUGGCUCUGAGGAGCGGCGGGCGGGGGCGCGCGGAGCCGGGCGCUGACGGCGAAGUGGGCCGGGAUGACGGCUCCUCUUCCUCAGUCUCCGCACUCAAGCGCCUGGAACGGAGUCAGUGGACGGACAAGAUGGAUUUGCGGUUUGGCUUUGAGCGGCUGAAGGAGCCUGGUGAGAAAACCGGCUGGCUCAUCAACAUGCAUCCCACUGAGAUCUUAGAUGAAGAUAAACGUUUAGUCAGUGCGGUGGAUUACUACUUUAUUCAGGACGAUGGGAGCAGAUUUAAGGUGGCCCUGCCCUAUAAACCAUAUUUCUACAUUGCAACCAGAAAGGGUUGUGAGCGAGAAGUUUCAUCUUUUCUUUCCAAGAAGUUUCAGGGUAAAAUUGCAAAAGUAGAGACUGUCCCCAAAGAGGAUCUGGACUUGCCAAAUCACUUAGUGGGUUUGAAGCGAAAUUACAUCAAGCUAUCCUUCCACACGGUGGAGGAUCUUGUCAAAGUGAGGAAGGAGAUUUCCCCUGCUGUGAAGAAGAACCGGGAGCAGGACCAUGCCAGCGAUGCAUACACAGCUAUGCUCUCCAGUGUUCUGCAAGGGGGCAGUGUGAUCACCGAUGAAGAGGAGGCCUCUAAGAAGAUAGCCGACCAGCUGGACAACAUCGUGGACAUGCGCGAGUACGACGUCCCCUACCACAUCCGCCUCUCCAUUGACCUGAAGAUCCAUGUGGCUCAUUGGUACAACGUCAGACACCGAGGGAAUGCUUUGCCCAUGGAAAUCACCCGCCGAGAUGACCUCGUCGAACGACCUGAUCCUGUGGUUUUGGCAUUUGACAUUGAGACAACCAAACUACCUCUCAAGUUUCCUGACGCCGAGACAGACCAGAUUAUGAUGAUUUCCUACAUGAUCGAUGGACAGGGCUACCUCAUCACCAACAGGGAGAUCGUUUCAGAAGAUAUUGAAGAUUUUGAGUUUACCCCCAAGCCGGAAUAUGAAGGGCCCUUUUGUGUCUUUAAUGAGCCCGAUGAGGUUCAUCUGAUCCAAAGGUGGUUUGAACACGUCCAGGAGACCAAGCCCACCAUCAUGGUCACCUACAAUGGGGACUUUUUUGACUGGCCGUUUGUGGAGGCCAGGGCGGCAGUGUACGGCCUGAGCAUGCACCAGGAGAUAGGCUUCCAGAAGGACAGCCAGGGAGAGUACAAGGCGCCCCAAUGCAUCCACAUGGACUGCCUCAGGUGGGUGAAGAGGGACAGUUAUCUUCCCGUGGGCAGCCACAACCUCAAGGCAGCUGCCAAGGCCAAGCUGGGCUACGACCCUGUGGAGCUGGACCCUGAGGACAUGUGCCGGAUGGCCACGGAGCAGCCCCAGACUCUGGCCACGUAUUCCGUGUCAGACGCUGUUGCCACCUACUAUCUGUACAUGAAGUACGUCCACCCCUUCAUAUUCGCUCUGUGUACCAUCAUCCCCAUGGAGCCUGAUGAGGUGCUCCGGAAGGGCUCGGGCACGCUGUGCGAGGCCCUGCUGAUGGUCCAGGCCUUCCAUGCCAACAUCAUCUUCCCCAACAAGCAGGAGCAGGAGCUCAACAAGCUGACGGCUGACGGCCACGUGCUGGAUGCAGAGACCUACGUAGGGGGCCACGUGGAGGCCCUCGAGUCUGGCGUCUUCCGCAGCGACAUCCCCUGCCGGUUCCGGAUGAACCCUGCUGCCUUUGACUUCCUGCUGCAGCGGGUGGAGAAGACCAUGCGCCAUGCCAUCGAGGAGGAGGAGAAGGUGUCUGUGGAGCAGGUCACCAACUUUCAAGAGGUGUGUGAUGAGAUCAAGACCAAGCUCACCUCCCUGAAGGAUGUUCCUAACCGGAUUGAGUGUCCCCUCAUCUACCACCUGGACGUGGGAGCCAUGUACCCCAACAUCAUCCUGACGAACCGCCUGCAGCCCUCUGCCAUGGUAGACGAGGCCACCUGUGCCGCCUGCGACUUCAACAAGCCGGGAGCGAACUGCCAGAGGAAGAUGGCCUGGCAGUGGAGGGGCGAGUUCAUGCCGGCCAGUCGCAGUGAAUACCACCGGAUCCAGCACCAGCUGGAGUCAGAGAAGUUUCCCCCCUUGUUCCCGGAGGGACCGGCUCGAGCCUUUCAUGAGCUGUCCCGUGAGGAACAGGCUAAAUACGAGAAGAAGAGGCUGGCGGAUUACUGCCGGAAAGCCUACAAGAAGAUCCACAUCACCAAGGUGGAGGAGCGCAUCACCACCAUCUGCCAACGGGAAAACUCCUUCUACGUGGACACGGUGCGCGCCUUCCGGGACAGACGCUAUGAGUUCAAAGGGCUCCACAAGGUGUGGAAGAAGAAGCUCUCGGCGGCGGUGGAGGCAGGCGAUGCGGCCGAGGUGAAGCGCUGCAAGAACAUGGAGGUCCUGUACGACUCGCUGCAGCUGGCGCACAAGUGCAUCCUCAACUCCUUCUACGGCUACGUCAUGCGCAAGGGGGCUCGCUGGUACUCCAUGGAGAUGGCAGGCAUCGUCUGCUUCACGGGGGCCAACAUCAUCACCCAGGCGCGCGAGCUGAUCGAGCAGAUCGGGAGGCCGCUAGAACUGGACACAGAUGGGAUAUGGUGCGUCCUGCCCAACAGCUUCCCAGAAAAUUUUGUCCUCAAAACAACCAACGCGAAGAAGCCCAGGGUGACCAUCUCCUACCCUGGGGCCAUGCUGAACAUCCUGGUCAAGGAAGGCUUCACCAACCACCAGUACCAGGAGCUGGCCGAGCCGUCCUCACUCACCUACGUCACCCGUUCAGAAAACAGCAUCUUUUUUGAGGUGGAUGGACCCUACCUUGCCAUGAUCCUUCCAGCCUCCAAGGAAGAAGGCAAGAAACUGAAGAAGAGAUACGCUGUAUUCAAUGAAGAUGGUUCCCUGGCUGAGCUCAAGGGCUUCGAGGUCAAACGCCGUGGGGAACUGCAGCUGAUCAAGAUCUUCCAGUCCUCGGUGUUUGAGGCCUUUCUCAAGGGCAGCACGCUGGAAGAGGUGUAUGGCUCGGUAGCCAAGGUGGCCGACUACUGGCUGGACGUGUUGUACAGCAAGGCGGCUAACAUGCCUGAUUCAGAGCUGUUCGAGCUGAUCUCUGAGAACCGUUCCAUGUCUCGGAAGCUGGAAGAUUAUGGGGAGCAGAAGUCUACGUCCAUCAGCACGGCGAAGCGCCUGGCUGAGUUCCUGGGAGACCAGAUGGUCAAGGACGCGGGGCUGAGCUGCCGCUACAUCAUCUCCCGCAAGCCCGAGGGCUCUCCUGUCACCGAGAGGGCUAUCCCACUUGCCAUCUUCCAGGCAGAGCCCACAGUGAGGAAGCACUUUCUCCGGAAAUGGCUUAAGAGCUCUUCCCUUCAAGACUUUGAUAUUCGGACAAUCCUGGAUUGGGACUACUACAUCGAGAGGCUGGGAAGCGCCAUCCAGAAGAUCAUCACAAUCCCCGCAGCUUUGCAGCAGGUGAAGAACCCAGUGCCACGCGUCAAACACCCUGACUGGCUGCACAGAAAACUGCUGGAGAAGAAUGACAUCUACAAGCAGAAGAAGAUCAGUGAGCUCUUCGUCCUGGAGGGCAGGAGACAGGUCGUGAUGGCCCAGGCCCCAGAGGGCAGUCCCAGGCCCAGCGUUGCUGACAUGGAGGACUUCGGCCUCACACAGCUGCCCCACCCAGCAGUGCCCGUGGCUACGAAGAGGAAGCGAGUCCUUUGGGAGAGCCAAGAGGAAUCUCAGGACCUCGCACUGACUGUGCCCUGGCAGGAGAUCUUGGGGCAGCCACCAGCCCUGGGGACCACCCAGGCUGAGUGGCUGGUCUGGCUCGGGUUCCAUAAGAAGAAGUGGCAGCUGCAGGCCCGGCAGCGCCUCGCCCGCAGGAAGAGGCAGCGUCUGGAGUCGGGGAGCAUGCUGAGGCCUGGGGCCAUCCGAGACGGGCCUGCCACAGGGCUGGGGAGCUUUUUGCGAAAAACUGCCCGCAGCGUUUUGGACCUUCCUUGGCAGAUUGUGCAGAUCAGCGAGACCAGCCAGGCUGGCCUCUUCCGGCUGUGGGCCGUCAUUGGCAGUGACCUGCACUGCAUCAAGCUGAGCAUUCCUCGAGUGUUCUACGUGAACCAGCGGGUGGCCAAAGCAGAGGACGGGCCUUCGUAUCGCAAGGUAAAUCGAGUCCUUCCUCGCUCCAACGUGGUCUAUAAUCUCUACGAGUAUUCAGUGCCGGAAGACAUGUACCAGGAACACAUCAACGAGAUCAACACCGAGCUGUCGGCACCCGACAUCGAGGGUGUAUAUGAGACUCAGGUCCCAUUGUUGUUCCGGGCCCUGGUGCAGCUGGGCUGUGUGUGUGUCGUCAAUAAACAGCUGGUCAGACACCUUUCAGGCUGGGAAGCAGACACCUUUGCUCUCGGGCACCUGGAGAUGCGUUCUCUGGCCCAGUUCAGCUACCUGGAACCAGGGAGCAUCCGCCACAUCUACCUGUAUCACCACUCGCAGGGCCACAAAGCACUCUUUGGGCUCUUCAUCCCCUCACAGCGCAGAGCAUCCGUGUUUGUGUUGGACACCGUGCGCAGCAACCAGAUGCCCAGCCUCAGCGCCCUGUACUCAGCAGAGCACAGCCUCCUGCUGGACAGGGUGGGCCCUGAGCUCCUGCCGCCUUCCAAGCACACGUUUGAAGUUCGGGCUGAAACUGACCUGAAGACCAUCUGCAGAGCUAUCCAGCGCUUCCUUCUUGCCUACAAGGAGGAGCGCCGGGGGCCCACACUCAUUGCUGUUCAGUCCAGCUGGGAGCUGAGGAGGCUGGCCAGUGAGGUCCCCAUCUUGGAGGAAUUCCCACUGGUGCCUAUCCGCGUGGCUGACAAGAUCAGCUAUGGUGUCCUGGACUGGCAACGCCAUGGCGCACGCCGCAUGAUCCGGCACUACCUCAACCUGGACACCUGCCUGUCACAGGCCUUCGAGAUGAGCAGGUACUUUCACAUUCCCAUUGGGAACCUGCCAGAGGACAUCUCCACCUUUGGCUCCGACCUCUUCUUUGCCCGCCACCUCCAGCGCCACAACCACCUGCUAUGGCUGUCCCCGACGGCCCGCCCUGACCUGGGUGGGAAGGAGGCCGACGAUAACCGCCUGGUCAUGGAGUUCGAUGACCGAGCCAGCGUGGAGAUCAACAGCUCAGGCUGUUACUCCACAGUAUGCGUGGAGCUGGACCUUCAGAACCUGGCCGUCAACACCAUCCUCCAGUCCCACCAUGUCAACGACAUGGAGGGUGCCGACAGCAUGGGCAUCAGCUUCGACGUGAUCCAGCAGGCCUCCCUGGAGGACAUGAUCACAGGCGGUCAGGCUGCCAGCGCCCCAGCCAGCUAUGACGAGACGGCCCUCUGCUCUAACACCUUCAGGAUCCUGAAGAGCAUGGUGGUAGGCUGGGUGAAGGAGAUCACGCAGUACCACAACAUCUACGCGGACAACCAGGUCAUGCACUUCUACCGCUGGCUUCGCUCGCCAUCCUCUCUGCUUCACGACCCUGCCCUGCACCGGACGCUCCAUAACAUGAUGAAGAAGCUCUUCCUGCAGCUCAUCGCUGAGUUCAAGCGCCUAGGGUCAUCGGUCAUCUAUGCCAACUUCAACCGCAUCAUCCUCUGCACGAAGAAGCGCCGAAUCGAAGAUGCCAUUGCCUACGUGGAGUACAUCACCAGCAGCAUCCAUUCUAAGGACAUCUUCCAUUCCCUGACGAUUUCUUUCUCUCGAUGCUGGGAAUUUCUCCUCUGGAUGGAUCCUUCUAACUACGGUGGAAUUAAAGGGAAGGUUUCACCCAGUGUUCACUGUGGACAGCAAGACUCCCAGGAAGGGGAGGGAGCGGAGGGCCAGCAGGAGAGUGAGGAGGAGGAGGAAGAGGAGAAGGAGGAGGAAGAUGUGGAGGAACCCGACGACGUGGAGGAGCUACUGGAGAACAACUGGAACAUUCUGCAGUUUUUGCCGCAGGCAGCCUCCUGCCAAAGCUACUUCCUCAUGAUUGUGUCAGCGUACAUCGUGGCUGUGUACCACAGCAUGAAGGACGGGCUGAGGCGCAGCGCCCCGGGGAGCACCCCCAUGAAGAGGAGGGGUGCCAGCCAGUUCUCCCAGGAGGCUGAGGGGGCGGCCGGAGCACUCCCAGGGAUGAUCACCUUCUCUCAAGACUAUGUAGCAAACGAACUCACUCAAAGCUUCUUCACCAUCACACAGAAGAUUCAAAAGAAAGUCACAGGCUCUCGGAACUCGACCGAGCUCUCCGAAAUGUUUCCUCACCUCCCUGGUUCUCACCUGCCGCUCAAUAACCCUGCUCUGGAGUUCAUCAAAUACGUGUGCAAGGUGCUGUCCCUAGACACGAACAUCACGAACCAGGUGAACAAGCUCAACCGAGACCUGCUGCGCCUGGUGGAUGUCGGCGAGUUCUCUGAGGAGGCCCAGUUCAGAGACCCCUGCCACUCCUACGUGCUCCCCGAGGUCAUCUGCCACAGCUGCAAUUUCUGCAGAGACCUGGACUUGUGCAAGGACUCCUCCUUCUCUCAGGAUGGGGCCGUCUUGCCUCAGUGGCUCUGCUCCAACUGUCAGGCAGCCUACGACUCCUCUGCCAUCGAGAUGGCCCUGGUGGAAGCCCUACAGAGGAAGCUGAUGGCCUUCACCCUACAGGACCUGGUCUGCCUGAAGUGCCAUGGCGUGAAGGAGACCAACAUGCCCGUGCACUGCGGCUGCGCAGGGGACUUCGCCCUCACCAUCCACACUCAGGUCUUCAUGGAGCAGAUUAGGAUCUUCCAGAACAUCGCCCAGCACUACGGCAUGUCGUACCUCCUGGAGACCCUGGAGUGGCUGCUGCAGAAGAACCCUCGGCUGGGCCAGUAGCCAGCCCCAGGCUCGUGGGACACCAGCAGCCAGGCCACAAGCCUCCCUGACUCCUCAAACUCGGGACCACAGCACAGGGAAGACCAUCUUUGGGGAGCUCAGAAGUAGCAGGAAUGAGCGGGAGGGGGAACUGGCUCCGUCCUCAGGAGAGCCGCCUGCUGGAGCAGGUCCCAAGCUGAGAAGCAUCUUGAGGAUCGUGAGGGGUCGCUGAAUAAACACAUUU